CAAACUGUGACAUAUAAAAGCUGUUAGCUGCUCCUGAAGCCAGCAGCAUUCAAACCUUGCAGAGCUUUGCUCUCAGAGAGCUUGUAAUAAGACACACUCCUCUUACAAGAGUUCAUGCUACAACAUAGCAAAGAACUUUAAAUUUUUGGAAGAACAAUAUAUUCAUUUUGGCAUUGUGCAGAGAGCAAAGUGAACUCCGCGGCCUCUUCUCCACCCCUCAAAAUGAUAGCAGUCUCCGCCGUCAGCAGUGCACUCCUGUUCUCUCUUCUCUGUGAAGCAAGUACCGCCGUCCUACUCAAUUCCACUGACUCAUCCCCGCCAACCAAUAAUUUCACUGAUAUUGAAGCAGCUCUGAAAGCACAACUGGAUUCGGCGGAUAUCCCCAAAGCCAGGCGGAAGCGCUACAUUUCGCAGAAUGACAUGAUCGCCAUUCUUGAUUAUCAUAAUCAAGUUCGGGGCAAAGUGUUCCCACCGGCAGCAAAUAUGGAAUAUAUGGUUUGGGAUGAAAAUCUCGCAAAAUCGGCAGAGGCGUGGGCGGCUACUUGCAUUUGGGACCAUGGACCUUCUUACUUAUUGAGAUUUUUGGGCCAAAAUCUAUCUGUACGCACUGGAAGAUAUCGCUCUAUUCUCCAGUUGGUCAAGCCAUGGUAUGAUGAAGUGAAAGAUUAUGCUUUUCCAUAUCCCCAGGAUUGCAACCCCAGAUGUCCUAUGAGAUGUUUUGGUCCCAUGUGCACACAUUAUACACAGAUGGUUUGGGCCACUUCCAAUCGGAUAGGAUGUGCAAUUCAUACUUGCCAAAACAUGAAUGUCUGGGGUUCUGUCUGGCGGCGUGCAGUUUACUUGGUAUGCAACUAUGCCCCAAAGGGCAAUUGGAUUGGGGAAGCACCAUAUAAAGUAGGGGUACCAUGUUCAUCUUGUCCUCCAAGUUAUGGGGGCUCUUGUACUGACAAUCUGUGUUUUCCAGGAGUUACAUCAAACUACCUGUACUGGUUUAAAUAAGCUUACUUUUUCCUCCAGGAAAUAUAAUAAUUUCUGGGAACAUGGGCAUACAUAUAUAUAUAUUGAAUUUUGCACAUAUUUUGCAUAUUUUAUGAUAAUCUUGUUUUCCUUUUAGUAUUCCUUUGUAUAAAUUAGUGUUUGUCUAGCAUGUUUGUUUAAUCCUUUGAGAUAUUUGAAACAUCAAUUUCUAUUUUCUGACCUCUAAGCCUAAAUUAAAAUAUUGUAUAUGUAAUGAUGACAUAGUUGAUGCAUCCAAUCCUAAAACUUACAUUUAUAAAUUAUAUCAUUAUAUCAUUAUGUUCCUAAGUAAUAAAAUAUGUAUUUAACCUGUGUGUAUAUGUAUACAUAUACAUAUAUAUGUGUAUGGAUUUAUAUAUGCACACAAACAUAUAAUGUAUGAUGUAACACAUAGAUAAUAAUAUGAGUCAGUAGCCAACUUGAGGGAAAUUUUAAAAAGACUAUUCUCAAGUAUAUGUAAGGUGAUGGGACACCUUUAGCACCCAUUUCUGUAAUACCCACAAAGUGAUAAUUUAUAAAAUAAUACUUAGUGAUAUCUGGAAAUAAUAAUUUAAGGAACCUGGAGACAGUUUUUCUUAUUUGAGUCCACCAAAGGAUAAUGCCAACUUAUAUCUUAUGUAAGUUCUCAAAUCAUGCCUUUUGCUUAGUCUCAUUUUAUUGAAUCAGUAGUCAUGAGUUGAGUGCUUACUACAUGCAAGACACUUUGCUAGUUGUGUUCUGAUAAUGCAGAGAUAAUUAGACAUGGUUUCUGCCCUCAAGAAGCUCACAAAAAAUAUUCAGGAAAUAAUGCAGACUGGUGAUUUUACUAUAACAUUAUUUUUGAAGGGAGCAGACACAGCAGUAUUUACCUGUAGGUGGAGCAAGUAAUAAACCAUGCUGUACUAUAGAUACACAAGUUUUGCUUCUCAUGGAAAUUUAGUUACAGUACUUGGAAUGAGAAGGGCAAGGAAAUAAUCAACAAAUGCCAAGAUUUCUGGAACAGAUUGUACACCUGUGACUUUGGAAAACAGAAAGCAAAACCCUCAGAAAACUAAUGAAGUCCAAGAGAAGUAACAUUUAGAGGACAGGUAUGAAAAGGGUAAUUGCACAUAACCACCAGAUGGAGAGAUUCAGAAUGGCCUAUCCUGAGGGUUUAGUACAUCCCGAGGCCUGUCAGGAGCUGAAGGAUUCCAAGAAGAGAUGUGGAGGUGCUGACGACACCCCUGUCUCUUCAUUGUUCAGCCUAUCAUUGAAUCAAUCUACUUAUCAUUUUGAAUCUUUGAGUAUUGCAUGAAAGAUCCAUGGUGUACACCUCAUACAGUCAUGACUUUGUUAAAAUAGCCUUCUUUACAUGCUUUCUAAGGGCUAGUUAUCAACUUUAUUUCUGUUUCUGUAGAAGAAACAUUUUCAGUUCUUCUUUGAGUUUGAUUAUGAAAAUCCAUUUAGAGUCGCUAUGAAAAUUUUACUCAUGUAAUUUGGAAAUGUCACAUUUUCCUAUUCAUGACAUCUCUUUCAGAGAGGAGAAUACAACAUCUUGGUCAAGAUAUUUAACGUAUUGCACUUCAAGUACGUGUGUGCGUGUGUGUGUGUGUGUGUGUUAUUCAGGUUAUGUAAUGCUUCCAUAGAAUUACAGAACAAUUUAAUAUGGUUAGUUUCAGAACAAUUAAAUAUGGUUAGUUCCAGAGUGCAAAUAACAGAAGGAAGCUACUUGUUUAAAAUUUCAUAUACAUUUGCAGUUUUUUAGGUUGGAUAUUUUGAAAGAUGACAGAUCAUUAAAUCCAUUCAAUGGUAAGGGAAUUCACCAUCUGAAGGUUGGGUCUGCUUGUUAACGAAUGACUGGCCCAAUUACCCUUAUAAAUUGAACAUGGGGACAAAAUGCUUUGAUAACAUACUAUUUUGCCUUUGUGGGCACUUACGUAGAUGCUGUUAAAUGUUUUUGGAGAUGAAAAUGGAGAAUAGAAGUAAUUACAUUAUUAGGUGUUAAUCCAGAUUUUCUAGUAUAUCUAGACAAUUGGAGGGAAAGCUCAUUAGUGGGAUGCUUGCUUGAUUUAUCUAGAUAGUCUUUUCUUCUUCUAUUUUAUUCAUUUUACAGGAACAGCAAUAAGUACUAUGAAAGAAGGUGGCUACACUAAUUUCCAAUUUUGUUGAUGAAUUGCUUCUGUGAGUUCACUUUUCAAUUCUAAGGAAGAAUAGUAAUAUUUGCUACAUAUUUCACAGAGGUUCUAAUGAGGGUAAAUUUACUAGAUUAAUAAAAAUUUAUGAAUAUUGAAAUUAUCAUUAAUAUUAUAAAACAUUUAUUUGAGAUCAAAUUAAAUUUUUCAUGAGCUCCUCUUUGGCAGAAACUCUGUUUAAUUCUUUGUAUUAUCCCAGCUUCUUAAAUGGUGGCUAUACCAAUAAACGUUUAAUAAAUGCUCAUAUAAAUGGAUUUUUAGAAUUAAAUAAAAAGCCAAGAAUGGCAACAAUUUACAAAAAUCCCAUCGCUCCAUGCUUAAGACAAAAAUGUUUUAAAUAUAAAGUUUUAAUUAUAUAAAAAAUCCAGAUGAAUCAUCGAAUGUAUCAGAUUAAAACUAGGGUCUGCACACUUAGGCAACUGUCCUUUCCAAACCAUGACAAGAAUUGCAAGUUUAUUUAUAAUUUAACAACUCAGCUGAAAACAUAACGGGUAUAUUUGUUAUUCUAACUCUAUUUUUUAAAGUUAAUAAUAUAAAGUGGCCAUGUAAAGUAUUUUAUUUUCCAGGCUAAAGCAAAUGAAAGUUUGCUAGUAUCAACACAGCCUGCCAUAUUUUUCACAGCAUGCAACAAUGGUGCUAGGAUAGCUAUUUUUCACUGUAAUUGCCAGAAGCAGGAAAGGUCUGGGUAUAAGCUAUUUCAUAAGAGCAGCUUUAAAUGGUCAGUAUUAAGGUUUUCAUAUGGAACAGUGUCAUUCAAAAAAAAUAGUAAUUGGCAUAUAUAUAUUCCACAGCAUUGAUCAUCUCUACGGUGCUGAUUUUUUUAUAUGACGGGUAGAAAAAUUGUAAUAUUCUUGUGGUAUAGGUUUGGGGCUUCCAUUGUCAUCAAAAGACUGAAAAAUUUUAAGUUUGGAAUUAAACUGAUGGAUUUCAUGGUAGAAUUAUCUGUGAGUUGUGUAGGCACAGUCUUAAUAUUUCUGGUUAUGGUAGUGUUUGCUCAAGAAAUGUGGAUGAAGCCAUUAUUGUUAUUAUUGUUUAUGCUUCUGUUCAGUCCUCUAAGCAUCAUCCCUUCUGUGGCCCAUCAUCCAGCAGAGCUGCCUUACAAAUUUCAUUGGCAGCGCCAUAACAUUCAUUUGAAAAGUUCAUGGAAACAUUCAUUUGAAAGUUCCAUGUAGCUUUAGCACAGAGUUGACCAAACACUAGGGCAAGUUCUGUUUAACAUAGAAUAUUUGAACUGAAACAAUAUGUAUUUUUCUCAUAAUAUGCACUUGUAUGAAACCAACUUAUCUACAUAAUUAAAUCUAAUAUAUAUUUAAGCCAGUUUAAGUGUUUUGUGUUCCUGCUGUGCUUAUAAAAUACAUGCACAAGCUAAACAUAUAAUUUGAAUGGGUCUAUGAAGGAAAAAUAAUGCUUAGGCUUUGAUGUAUGUUCUUCCUGUGUAGCCAUAAACUCAGGUUCUGCAGUAUCAAAGGAUGUAAAUCUUGACAUAGAUGGAAGCCUUUACCUACCAAAGUGUUUAGGGAGAAUAAAGUUACAUUUGUCUUACUGUCUAACAUUACCUUUGCUUUUAUGUUUCAUAAAAAUUUGUCACUAUUUGUGUGGGUGAAACAUAUAAUCACAUGCUAUCAUUUGAACAUAUGCAAAAUAAUUUUAAAAAUUAUGUUAUGGUUUAAAUUUGACUUAUUGGAGGUCAGUCAAAAACUUAGAAGUUUUACCAGUUCACUGGUUAAUGGUGCUGAAAACACAUUACGAUUACCACAUAUACUUGCUAUAACUUUUGAAGUUUCUUAGCAAAGUUUUUAUUCAGUGUGAACUGUCAGUAUCUAUUCUGGUGCUAAAUAUACGGUGCUAUAUGAAUUGUCAGUGUUGAUGGCUUUAGUAAUGCUCCUUUUAUUCAUUGUUAAAAGGGUUAUCCAUUCAAUUCCUGAUUCCGAAAUAUUAAUGAAAUCCUAUGUUAAACUAAUCUUUACCAAAAAUAGGCAAGUUAACUCUGUUGUUUUAAUGCAACAGUCCAAUGUUAUUUAGGUGUUACAGAAUUUAAAUAUAUUUCUUUGGAAGUUACCUUUAUUUUUUUUUUUAAUUUUUUUCCAGCUUGGCAAUGUCCAAAGUCAAGUAUCACCUAAACUGAUUAGAGUACGCCUGGAACUAACAAUGUUGCAGGCAGUAGCGCCCUCUGGUGGUUAUGAAGACAAAUUCUUAAUUGCUGCUUGACCCACAGCAAAAGCCAUUUCUGUUCCAUAAAAAUUUGUAGUGCAAUAUUAGAAUUUUCAUGUAUUUCCUAAGUCUGACAGCAUCGAAAAUGUUUGAUAAUAUGAACAUAUGUCUCUAAGAGGAAAAGAGAGUUAAUACAUUCUGGCACCCACUUUCCCAAGUAAUAAUGUUUUUUGUGAUUUUCCAGUUCUGAGGCACUUAUUAAAGUGUUUUUUUUUUUCUUUUCUAAAUUAGAUAUUGCUAAAAUAUAUUUUUAAAUUUAGUUAGCUUUAUAAAUACAAUUAGAAUUAUAAUUAUCUCACUUUCAGAAGUGAUGGUUUAUUUUUGUUUAGCUCAGUUCAUAAGAUAAAAAAUAUAUAGAAAAAUAAUUUCAUAUAUAAAAGGAUUAUUUCUCCACCUUUAAUUAUUGGUCUAUAAUUUGACAAUGUUAUUUGGUCAUAUCAUUGAAUGUAUUAUUCCACUCAAAGUCCUUCUAGAUUGAAAAAUGUAUGUAAAAGCUUGGGAGUAUAUCAUCUAUAACUAAUACAGAUAAUAUUUUCAGGUUUAAAUAUGUAUAAUCGACUUCAGUUUAUAUAUAUAACUGGCUGGGUGUAAGCUCUCUGUUUUGACAGAUUCCUUAAAUCAUGUUAGCAUAACCAAAUAAAAUUUACCUUGAAGCCCUUUCUAAAAUAUUUUCAGACUUAUUUUAAAGCAGUAGAACUUUUUCUAUGAACGAAAUCACAUGCAAAACUCCAACUUGUAAUAUGCAUAAAAUGGACUUACUUAUUCCCCGUACCUUCUCUAGUGCCUGGGAACACUCUUCUCUGAGCCCUUGGAUUGAUUCUAUUACACAGAGCAACUUUAAUCUAAAUCAUUUAGUUCCCUCCUUUUCCUCUAAAAACAACCAUCCAAUGAAAAAAAAAAUGUGAGGGCCUAAAUUAUUUCAAUGGUUUUCUGAAAUAUUCAAUUCAGUUUGUACGUGUUAGCACUCUUUUAGUUUGGGGGAGGUUAAAUACUGUACUAAGCUGGUGCUUGGAUACAUAUUGCAGCAUCUUGUGUUGUAUUUGACAAACAGAAUUUUGGUACCAAAAUAUUUUGAGAAUUAGAGAUGAUUGUGAUGCAUGUAUAUAAACACUAUUUUUAAAAAUAUCUAAAUAUGUCUCACAUAUUUAUAUAAUCCUCAAAUAUACUGUAUCAUCUUAGAUAUUUUUUAAACAAAUUAAUUUGGAGAAGUUUUAUUCAUUGCCUGAUGCUGUGGCAAAAAAUGGUGCCUCUGACGUUGUGAUAUAGUGUUGUGAGUGUGUACAUAUAUAAAACCUGUGUAAACCUCUGUCCUUAAGAACCAUAACAAAUGUAGCUUUUUAAACUCCAUUGUAUUAUUUUUUCUUUUAAUAAAAAAGUAUGAUUAA